GAAAAAUUGUGAGUCAAUUUGUCAAGUCUCAAGCCCGAUUGUUUGCCGAAAUGCAGAGUUGGUGCUGAUAUUUGCACAACCCAUUUCUGACUCGCCACCUCACUUUUGUAGCUCGAUAUACUAGAGGGCUCUUCAAAAUGCCAGUUAGCACUACUUCAUACAAGGCUGGAACAAUGCUGGAGGCUGCUGUGCUCUGCGACCAGCAUGGUCUCUCCUACUUCAAACGCAUCGAGAGCACGCUACAAGAUCUGAAAGGGAGCAGCCAAGAUCAACCCAGUGAACAGACAUGCAGUGUGGAAAUGAUGAGGAAACUGAUCACCACCAUACAAGAACAACUGCCAUGCCAGAGGUUCUGGCAGGUUGAAAUCAUGGUGUUGGUCAUCAAACACAUUGCAGUUUCUACACAGGAAGGAGAGUCAGACAAUCUCUCUGUGCUCUUGGACAAUGGACUCACUGAAAUGCUAGGUAAAUGUACAGAUAAAAAAGGAGAUGUCAUCUGUUUAGAGCUAGUAAGGGGUUAA